AUCUGUAAAUGGAGUCACUGUAGUGCCUGAUUUCUUAACAGUAUUAAACAGGGAUGUAUGACUUCUUGUUUCCAUUUUGAACCAUAAUAAUAUAGUACUAUAUUAUGGGCCUACUUCAGAUAGUCAAACUUGCUAAUCAUCGAAUGCCAACUCACUAAUCGUCGAACACCUCUUCAUCACACCCUAUUUGUCAAGCCUUCAUCUGUUGAAUGAUCGCAUCAGUGAACUUUUUCUAACAGGAAGAAGCACAAGAUGGCAAAUAAAGGUCCAUCGUAUGGGUUAAGCCGUGAGAUUCAGAAUAAAAUUGCAAAGAAGUAUGAUCCAGAGCUGGAGGAAACCCUAACUAAUUGGGUAAUUGAGCAGACUAACUUCCAGGGAAAUCAACCAGAGCCUGGCAGAAAUAAUUUCCAAGAAUGGCUCAAGGAUGGAGUGAUUCUUUGUGAACUCAUAAACAGUCUUUAUCCUGAGGGGCAAAAGCCAAUCAAGAAGAUUCAGAAGUCGUCUAUGGCCUUCAAGCAGAUGGAGCAAAUCUCCCAAUUUCUAAAGGCAGUGGAGUCCUAUGGCCUUUCUACCACAGACAUCUUCCAAACUGUUGACCUAUGGGAAAGCAAAGACAUGGCUGCCGUGCAAAGGACCUUGACGGCUCUGGGUAGCUUGGCUCUUACAAAGGAUGAUGGAUUCUAUCAAGGAGACCAAAGCUGGUUUGUCAGAAAGGCACAAGAAAAUCGUCGUGACUUCAGUGACGAUCAGCUGAAACAAGGACAAGCAGUCAUUGGACUUCAGAUGGGCACCAACAGGGGCGCUUCUCAAGCAGGCAUGACAGGAUAUGGAAUGCCACGGCAGAUUCUCUGACUUGUAGUCACAUGAUCAAAAAGACAAUAUUCAUUCCCGAUUAUUGGCAUGAUGAAUGCCAGCUCACAAGAAAGCCAAUUGCACAUUUUCUUUCUGGUAUAAGCAGUCCAUUCUGUAGUUAAUUUCAUGGCUGAAGGUUCAUAUGACAAAUGCUGUUUCCCAGAUAAUGCAACUGACAUGUUUUCUAGUUCAAAUACGAUGUUAUGAAUGGUUUCUUCUGUUUCGUGGUAUUCACAGAGUACUUUGGAUGAUUAGAGAAAGUCUUUCUAAAUGUUUCCACCUUAACAUUUUAUUACAGCAAAAAUUUCAUAACUAAGCAAUUUCCAUCGCUCAUUUUAAUGCCGGCUUAUAGCUCAUAUUUUGAUAGAUUGCCUGUACUUUUCUUAAUUUACAUUGUAUAUUUUACUUUUGUAUCCCAGUGUAAUGAUUAAGCUGUACAAUAACCUGUUUUUUCCACAGUUAGAUCAAGACCAUUUCAGCUGCUGAUAUUAGUGCAAAAUAAGUAGGUGGCUUCACAGUCCUAGUAAUUAAACCAGAGAAUCUAUAAAUUACGAAACUUACAUUGGACUUUGUGACACAAAAUGAUUACUUAAAAAUGUUACGUACCAAUUGAGAAGUAUUCAAAGUUCCACAGGUAAAACCUUAACAGGUAAACUAAAUCAGCCUUGUUUUCAGGGUCUAAUUUUUAGAAAGAUUACUAAUGCAGCAAAAUGGAUUGUUAGAUUAGGAAUGGUGCCCCCCCCCCCCCCGGAAAAAAAAGCAAGUAAUAAAGAGCAGGGUGUUAAACUGAUUCGGACAAAUAUUUAGUGAAAUGACUCUCGCGAAGGAGGAAUGUACUUUUAUUUUAAUGAAUGAUCCCAAUAUUGCAGUAAUAAAGCUACCUCCAAAGGCUCGUGCAUAAUAAGCAGAACUAUGUUAACAGCCCUCGGAGGUCGUUGGCUCUUAGGUUUGAGGCAGUGGUCUUGCAGACAUUUUGAGCUCUUCAUGCCUAUUAGCUUGCCAACUCAUGCUGGAGUUCUUGGCCAGCAGUGGUGGUUUGCUCCUUACUAAUAGGUGCUAAGUCUAACCCUAACACUGACCCUUCCCCCAACCGUAGCCCUACACCUUACCAUAAAAAACCCUCCCAUAACACUAUCACUGCACAAAAUAGAUUUGGACACACAAAUACCCACUACCAACAGAACAUCUAUCAAAUUACCUAACCCCAAUCCUAAUCCCAACAUAUACAAAGUGACAUAUAAACAUACAAAACCUAAUCCCAACAUAUACAAAGUGACAUA